AUGACUACACAAAAAACAAGUAAUCUCUAUUGGGCAUGUCGCAAUGAUGAUAUAGAUACAGUGAAGAAAAUUUUGCCAAAGUUAAAAUUAACCAAUAUCAACCUCAUUGAAUCGAAUGGCAGCACCGCUCUACACGCCGCUUCAUUUUAUGGUCAUGCCAACAUUGUUCGUCUUUUACUUCAACAAGGCGCUCAGACAGAUAUUCGUAAUAAAUAUGACAAAACAGCUGAAGAAGAAGCAUCAACGGAUGAAGUUCGAGCGGCGUUUAAAUCGUCUUCGCAAACAGGCGCAACAGAUGACGAUGAUGAUAUACCACACUCAGAAUUUGUUGCACUUUAUCCGAACUCAGAAGGUAAAAAUAAAUCUGAGUUAGCAACGAAUAUUCUCAAGAUAAGAUGGGGAAUUCAUCAAGCACAUAAAUAUACUAUCGCAGCGGCGUCGAAUUUGGAGCAUCUGGAAAAACAAUAUCGAAAGAAGUGUGAAGAAAAAGAAAACGAAUCUCUUUGUGACGCAAGAAAUCGUGGCAAAAAACUUUUUGAAAAAUAUCGAGAAACAGGUAAUUUUGAUUGCAUGAUUGAACUUUACCUUAUGGAAACACCUUUUUAUCUAUUGGUUCAGAAAGAUGAAACAUUUCUUAUCGACAUGUAUAAACACUUAGUUCGAUAUGACAAGUAUAUUUUUCAAGGAUUCGCUUAUCGCGGAGUAAGCUUCUUUACAGAAGACUUUGAACCAUACUACUGGGCUCUUAAACAUUCAAAAUGCUUACUGGAAUUCUGCAAAGUAACAGGAGCAUCCAAAAAGCGAGACUAUGCCUUGAGGUAUAUGUACCACCCUCAAGAUGAUCGUCAACCUGUUCUUUUCGAAAUUGAGUUCGCCGAAGGAUGUUUCAGCGCGAUUGACGCCGUGUCAUUCUCUGAUUUUCCAGACGAAGAUGAAGUUCUUAUCUUAUCAGGAACGUUCUUCGAAGUAACCCAAAUACGAAAAGACAAGUCGGAUGCAACCAUCAUUUCACUAAAGAAUGUGCCAGUCAAUAAAGCUGUAGUAUUAACAUUGAUUCAGUAG